UAUUCAUAAUAGUAGAAUGCAUACACAGAAAUACAGAAUACAGAUUUGAUCUUAUUCUAAUUCUAUCUUAAUCUAUUCUGUGAUACAUAGGUAAUGAUGAAAAGAAAACACGAAUUAGAAACUUAUAAUUAUAAUUUAGAAGUUUAUAGGAGAAAAUUAUUAUUAUUAUAUAUUUCUACUCUUGAGUUGAAGAACAAAAUACCCAGAUCUAAACCUAAGUGGCAUGUAAGGCCUCUUUUAAAAGAGAGAAAAACACAUGGGCAUUAUCAAAGUCUGACAUCUGGAAUGCAGUUGAUGAACUCUGCAUUAUACCAAAACUUCAUCAGAAUGAACUCCGUUACAUAUGAGGAACUAGUGUGUGAGGUAGGACAUAAAUUAGAACGUGUGCCUAGUCGUCCUGAUAUAUUGUCAGUUGGGGAGAUUUUAACA